AAAGCUGUUCAUUGACGACAAAAGGAAAGAGUCCUGCCUCCAUCGACGGCUCCACCAAUACCAGCGUGUGGAGCAGACGAGCCUUCAGCAGCCUUCCCCAAAUCUACUCUUAAAGCCCACAAGACGAGAUCGUGUGACAGCAGCGUAAUACUAUAGAGACGAGAGCAUGAUCUGCCACGAGACGCUCCAUGUCUCAAGGGCACAUUUGACGGCGAAUGAAGCAUUCUUCAGCAAAAAGACACGGAUCGUCCUCGAACUUUAAACACCAAGGAUUAAUGCGAGUGAUUUAAAGAGACCGAAAACCUGAAUCAAUCAUAGCAGGCAGCUGUAUAAGUGGUUGCCUCACAUUGGACAGGCAGUAGCCAGGAAUGGUGGAUCACUUGCUGCUUGAUGAAGAGACUUUCUUUCCUUACACGUAUUUCCUGCCGGCUCACAACCCACCGGAUAUGGUGACAGACGAGGGGGUGUACUAUAUGCUUCCAUCACCAUUCUCAGAGGAUAACCUGAGUGACUCAUCUAGCCAACGUUCCUGUUCCAGCCCUGAGUCUCAGGUGUUGAGCUCUAGUUGUGGUAGUAACUCAAGUGGAGAAAGUCAAGAUGGCCUCCUUGACUUCCUUCACUCUCAGUCCCUAACUGUGAGCCAAAACUCGCCCUCCUCAAACAUGGUGUCUCCCAUGGUUCCCCCUGUUCUUCCCAUGGGUCUGGCUUGGGAGUCGAGACGGGACCGCACCACCAAAGAGGAGUGCUUUGAGUUCCCUGUUUUCCCUGGAGAUUUAGAGGACCAUGCAGGGUUACUGUUUCAGCCCACUCUGGAGGAGAUCGAGGAAUUCCUGGAGGAGAACAUGGAAGUGGUGGCCUUGAAAGAGGAAGCUGGAGAGGGUCUAGUGACCUGUGAAAGCAUCCAAGGACCUACAUUAGAACCUUGGCCUCAAAACUUAGACCAAACAGUGCCUGUCUCAAGUGACAAAGUCGAUGCCAACUCUGAUCCUAAAAAUGUAGGGGGCUCUGCAAAUCCUCAAAACACAUUGAAAAACGAGGACUCUUCUGGGAAGGUAGUGAUGGUGGAAAGUCCUAGCAUGCCUGUGAUCCUACAGCUCCAACCCAUUCAAGUCAAACAGGAAUUGAGCCCUAAAACUGCCCCCUUGACACCAACACCUCAACCUGCCUCAGACAUCAAAAUAACCCAGCUCCUUGUCAACAUCCAGGGUCAAACCUUCGCUCUGGUUCCUCAGGUGACCCCACCGACCAGCCUUAACAGCUCUUCCUCCAAAUUUGUCCGUAUUGCCCCUGUUCCCAUUGCCGCUAAGCCCUUAGGUCUUGGAGAGAAUGGAACAUUUGAUGGCCAGGGAACAGGGCUUGUAGCUGGGGGUCACAAAUUCCAGAAGAGUUCGGUAGCUGAUCUUAUUAAAAUGCACAAGUGUUCUUUCCCUGGCUGUGCCAAGAUGUAUACCAAGAGCAGUCACCUAAAGGCGCACCUGAGGAGACACACGGGCGAGAAACCAUUUGCCUGCACUUGGCCUGGCUGUGGCUGGAGAUUCUCCCGAUCGGACGAGCUGUCACGGCAUCGCCGGUCUCACUCUGGAGUUAAGCCCUACCAGUGCCCCGUCUGCGAGAAGAAAUUUGCCCGCAGCGAUCACCUGUCCAAACACAUCAAAGUCCAUCGCUUUCCACGAAACAGCAGGACAGCACGCACUGCACACUGACCCCACACAACCUCUCGCCAUGGAGAGAGAUAGAGAGAGAAAGAAUGAACAAACAGAAGAAAGAGGGAAAGACAGAUUCAUUUGUGGUACUGUGAUAAUUUAUUACUCGAGGCUCGGAUGAACUGAAGAAGAGUUUGUUCUGAAACUGUUACUUGACUCGUCGGCCUCACAGAUGUCGCAAGCUUCGUAGAUUGUAUUUUUGUAGUGUUCAUAAUUUCUUUUU